AUGCCACCCAGUGAGAAGCGUCGAAACUUCACGGGCGAAGAGGACCUUGCGCUGCUGCGCCAAGCAGCAUUCGAUCGGCCCUUUUUAAGUGAACGUGGAGGGGUCAUUGCUGCUUGGGACUCCGUGGCUGCUACACUUGUCGGCGACGCAGGCUUUCCAAGAGACAAGCUUUCAGGAAAGCAUGCACAGGCACGCUUGGACAAGCUUAUUCGGCGCAAGAGAGAUGCGAACACGGUGGCGCUUGCCGCAUCGGGGGUCGCAGAGGAAGAAACUGAAGCUAAGUCUCAAAAAGACGCAGCCAAGCGAAAGCGUGACGAAGACGAGGAAGCCUCUCGAAACGUCCGUCGCCUCGCCAUGCAGCGUCUUCGUGACGAGAGUACGACGUUACCACGAAAGCGCAAGGAGGAGGAAAUGAGAGAGUUUGUACUCCAAUUAAAGAAGCAGGAGAUCGAAGCAAGAAAAGAGGAGCAGGAGACAAAAGCUGCUCAGCGCGCCGAAGAACGACAAAAGGACCGAGACUUUAUGCUUGCAUUGGCAGAGAUGAUUGGACAGCAGAUCGCUGGAAUUGUCAGCGCUAAUCGUAGUUAG